CUGCCUUAGAGAUCGCAUAUUAUAUAUCAGUCAUGUCUUCUAGCAGACAGAGAGUUUCUCAAGUGCGAAAUCCCACUCUUCCAUCGCAGACCACUCCUGAGCAGAGGUACUGGAGAGGAUAUACCAAUCCGCAAUUGAUCAAAGAAAACCACCCCAUUACUCAUAUCCAUUUCAAUCCCGUAGCGCCCAACGAUUUUGCAGUAACUUCGUCGACGAGAAUACAGAUCUUCUCAUCCAAAACACGUCAGGUAAUAAAGACGUUCUCACGUUUCAAGGAUAUAGUUUAUUCUGGCGAAUUCAGAUAUGACGGUAAGUUGCUUGUCGCUGCCGAUGCCACCGGUUUAGUUUCCAUUUAUGAUAGCUACCAACCACGUAACUUACUUGUGAGUUUGAAUCCGUCCUCGCAUCCUACUCAUGUUGCCAAGUUCCAUCCGACUGUAGGUAAUCAAUUGAUCACUGGCUCGGACGAUAGGAUAGUACGUUUAUACGAUAUCUCCCAGACUACCAAAGGACCUGUGACACAGUUCAACGACUCGUACCACGGGGACUACAUCAGAAGUGCCAGUUUCAUACCGGGCAACCCUAACUUGGUGGCUACUGGUUGCUAUGAUGGCUUCGUCAGAUUGUUCGAUACCAGAAACAGCUCUUCCCAGCAGCUUGUAGCUCUGUUCAAACAGGAUAACCCUGUUGAAGAUGUCCUUGCGCUUUCAGCCACGUCGUUGGUCAGUGCGGGAGGUCCCGUAGUGAAAGUCUGGGAUCUUUCUCGUGGCUCUCAGAUCAAGGAAUUGAAUAAUUUCACCAAAACUGCUACCACUCUUCAUGAUACAGGAGACAGAGGUUUGCUUGUAGGAUCUUUAGAUGGCCAUGUCAAAAUUUUCGACUACACAACUUCCAACUGGGAUGUCAAAUUCGGGUGGAAAUUCGGCAGUGGUGGGGUUCUCAGCUGCGCUGUUUCGCCUGCUUCCAACAACCACAAGCAUUUCGUAACCGGUUUGACUUCCGGUUUACUCUCUAUUCGUACUAGAAAGACUGAAGCCAAGGUUCAGCAAGGUAUUAAGCAGGAAAAGUCAAGUGCCUACAACAGGAUGAUGAGAGGUAAAGACUACUUGGGAGAAGAAGAGCACCAAGUCAUAUAUUCCAGCACUACCCAGACGAAGAAGUUGAAACAGUUCGAAAAGCACUUGAACGCAUUCCGUUGGGCUGAGGCUCUUGACGGUGCCUUUGUGUCAGGAUUGCCCAAGGAACACACCAUCACUGUGUUGAACGAAUUAAAAAAGCGUGGAAAGAUCAGAAUCUCGUUGUACGGAAGAGACGAAAUAUCGCUCUUGCCAAUCUUACAGUGGUUUAUCAAGAACUUAGAGGAUGUCAGAUCAUUCAACUUGAUCUGCGACUACGUAGCUGUCAUCUUGGAGAUGUACGGCUCGUUGAUUGACUCCAGCAUAGUAUUGGAAGAAUGUUUCGCAAACUUGUUGAAGAGAAUCAACAUUGAAAUUAAGAAAUGCAGAGAAGCCACCGAAAUUGGAGGCAUGUUGGAACUUCUUACAGUAUAGAGUAUCAUAUUAUCGUCAUCAUCAAAUUGUAUAGUACAUAAUGCAUAGCAUCCU